UCCUCUCACACAGCAGACGCGCGCUCAAAUCGGGACCACAUUGCGGAGUACUAGAGUUGCAAGAACUUUUACAGCCGAGUCUCAAAACGGAUUACCUUUAUAUCAUCAUGUUCCUCAUUUGAUGGACCCAGAUGCUUCACGCCAACCUGUUAAAUCAGCUUCCUAACGGACAGAAAAUAUGUUCCUAGAUAUUUUCACUUUGUGUCUGAUAUUCAGCACCUUGCACGUCGGAUCAUCCUUGGAAUUGCAACUCGGAAUGCCCAAUGUUUGCACCGACCAGGAGCUGUCCCUAUUGGGGGGCCCUCAGCCUUGUGUUCAGGCUUUUACUCGCAUGGUGAAGGUAUGGAGGCAGGGCUGCACAGAGCACAGAUGGUGUACAGGUUAUGAGAGGAGGACAACAUACUACACAACAUACAGACAAAUGUACAGGACAGAUAUUCAAACAGUUUUGAAGUGCUGUCCUGGUUGGAUUCAAAGGGAUGGCGAAGCAGGCUGUCUACAUAGAAUAUGCAGUGCCAAUAUGUGUUUUAAUGGCGGUCGAUGCGCAGAGAGUGGAGAUCAUAUAUGUAACUGUCCUAAAGGCUUUAAAGGGACAAGAUGCCAAUACGAUAUAAAUGAAUGUGAGGUAGACAAAGGAGGCUGUGAUGGAUACUGCUGCAAUACCAUUGGCAGCUACUACUGCAAGUGUCCAGAGGGCAGUGAGUUGGGGCCAGAUGGCAAAUCAUGUCAAGACGUCAAUGAAUGUGCAGAGCUUAAUGGAGGAUGCCAGCAGACGUGCAUCAACAAACCAGGUUCUUACCAUUGUGAGUGCGGGGAAGGAUUCCGCACGCAUACCGACGGUCGGACUUGCAUUGCCGUAAACUCUUGCUUGGUGCUGAAUGGUGGGUGUGAGCACAAAUGUCUUGACAAGGGUAACAAUCACUACAAAUGUGAGUGUCGAAAGAACUACAAGCUCAAGACUGAUGGAAGACACUGUGAAUUGAGGGACCCCUGCGAGGAGAAAAAUGGAGGCUGCACACAGCUUUGUGUCUCGGUGGAUGGCCAUGUUCAAUGCAGAUGUCGACCUGGUUUUACUCUGGCUGAAGAUGGCAAGAGCUGUGAAGACAUCGAUGAGUGCAGUUCAGGUCAUGACACGUGCUCUCAUGGAUGCGUCAACAUGCUGGGCUCCUUUCGAUGCGUGUGUCAUCCGGGCUUUGAGCUUGGUGCAGAUGGAAAACGAUGCUACCGCAUAGAGAUGGAGAUUGUUAACAGCUGUGAGAAGAAGAAUGGAGGCUGCUCUCAUCAGUGUGAGCACACCACCAACGGGCCCCUUUGCUCCUGCCAUCGUGGCUACCAGCUAGACCACGACAGGAAGACCUGUGUAGAUAGUGACGAGUGUGUCAACGGAGAAUCCUGCUGCAGUCACUUCUGCAGAAACUAUCCAGGCGGCUACGAAUGCAGCUGUAGAGCCGGCCACACACAAAACCCAGAUGGUUGCGCCUGCGACGACAUCAAUGAGUGUCAGGCAGAGACUUCAGGCUGCGACCAUGGUUGCGUCAACACCCUGGGAACAUACGAGUGUUUUUGCCAACAGGGUUUCCGCUUGGAUCAAGAUCAGCACACCUGCAUCUCUUUAUAUGGUAGAGAGCUGGAGGAAGAUGAUGAGGAGGAAGACGAAGAAGAUGAAGAGCAACUGGAAGCCUCAAGGUUUCCAGACCUGUACUUCCAUAACGUUCCCCAGCUUCUCCAUUACACAGCAGCACUGCGUUCCCGUUAUGGCAGUGACGAUGAUGAUGAUGGUCACUCUGGUGAACAGUUUCAAAGCCUCAUGAAACACAGAGAAGAAUUUAGAUUGGACAGCCAAAUCGUGUGUCUGGAGAACUCUUUUGGGGAAGACUGCAGUUGGCAAUGUGAAGAUUGUGUAAAUGGACACUGUGCUGAAAAUAAAGACCGCUGUGAAUGUUCAACAGGAUGGGCUGGCGUUAUCUGCAAUGAGACUUGUCCGCAGGGCACUUAUGGACCGGCUUGUAACAGUCUGUGCCAGUGUAAGAACGGAGGCACAUGUGACCCUCUGACUGGGAAAUGUUUGUGCCCCCCAGGGGUGCAAGGACUACUCUGCGAGGCUGGUUGUCCAAGGGGCUACUUUGGAAGUAAUUGCAUGAGAAAGUGUAAUUGUCCCAAUAAUGGACACUGCCACCGUUUAUAUGGAGCUUGCCUGUGUUCCCCCGGAUUAUAUGGUCGACACUGCCACCUGGCUUGUCCCAGAUGGACGCACGGCCCUGGCUGUUCGAAGGAAUGUGACUGUGUUCGAGAACAUUCCACUGGCUGUGACCCCAAGAUGGGGAGCUGUAUCUGUAAGCCUGCAUACCACGGCCUACAAUGUGAGAAAGAAUGUGAGCCGGGUUUCUUUGGCGCAGGUUGUGAGAAGCCCUGUGACUGCCCAGGUAGAGGGUUGUGUGACCCCAAAACUGGGGAGUGCAGCCAGCAAUGUCCUGCAGGCUUUUAUGGGGAGACAUGUCAGCUGGCAUGUGAAUCAGGUUUUUGGGGUCAAGGAUGCAUCAAUAAAUGCCAGUGCCAAAACGGCUCUCUGGGUUGCGACCCUCUCACUGGACGUUGCAUAUGUGGGCUCGGCUAUAUUGGACACAAAUGCGAAGAAACUUGUCCAGCUGGCACGUUUGGGAACAAUUGUAGUCAACUAUGCCAGUGUUCAGGAGCCCAUGAGCAAUGCCAUCCAGUUACAGGAAGCUGUAUUUGUUUACCUGGUUACUAUGGGGCAAGUUGUGAGUUACGAUGUCGCUUAGGCACCUAUGGACCAAACUGCAAGUCUCGAUGCAGCUGCCUCAACGGUGGCCGCUGUGACUUCAGAAUGGGGACUUGCCAUUGCCCUGCAGGCUUCAUCGGAGCGGAUUGCAGCUCACGCUGCCCAAGUGGGUACUAUGGCAAAGAUUGUACCAAACUGUGUACUUGUGGGGAAGGUGGUCAGUGUCACCCAACAAAUGGAAGAUGUAUUUGUGCAGCUGGGAGAAUGGGGCCGUCCUGUCAAGUCUGUCCUAGGGGGCGCUAUGGCCUGCAGUGCCGACACACAUGCAAGUGUCAAAAUGGUGGUCAGUGUGAUCCUAAAGAUGGUAAAUGCAAAUGUGGCCUUGGAUGGACUGGACCGGACUGUGAUACAGUCUGUGCACAAGGAAAAUAUGGUGAGAAUUGUUCUCAAGACUGCUCAUGCCAAAAUGGCGGGACUUGUGAUCGCUUCACUGGCACCUGCAACUGUACAACUGGGUACUACGGCCACUCCUGUCAACAUAGAUGCCCAAUUGGAUAUUUUGGUGUUAACUGUGCCCGUACAUGUGACUGUAACGCCGGGCAGACCUGCGAUCGUGUGACAGGCGAAUGUGCGUGUCCCCCAGGCUACUACGAGCCUCAGUGUCAAAGCCGAUGUGAAGCUGGCAGGUUUGGCCAUAAGUGUGAAAGAUCAUGUGACUGUUCAGGUGACUCAUGUGAGCCAUCCACUGGACAUUGCCUCUGUUCUCCAGGACGGACUGGACAGAGCUGUGAAAAAGACUGUAGUGGGGACCGAUUUGGCCCAGACUGCUUUCUCUCUUGUCAGUGUUCUCAUGGGGCUCGCUGUGAUGGGGUGACUGGACGUUGUCAAUGCCCGCUCACCUGGCUGGGCCCCACUUGUGGUGAAGCGCUGCUUCACCCAACACGAGGGCAGUGGAACUUUUUGAUGCCUCAGAGAAAAAGAAGAAUGGGCAGUAAAACUGUUUGAACAUUAAAACAUGACUUGGCUUUUGGAAAGAUGAUCAUUUUUCAGAAAGUGGUGUGCCAACAUUAAGCCUGGAGCUCAAGACAAUCAACCGAUAAACUUGACCCGUGAGCUGGCCUCAGAGUACCGCAAACUGUUCCCUUUAAAGACUGUUUAUCUAGAUAAGCCAUUAUAAGGGGAAUAGCUUCAUGUAUGCUUAAUCAAAGUGUAAAGAAAUUGAAUGAAUACAUUUUAAAACCCUGUGAUUGAUUGACCAUCUGUCCUCCUUUCACCCAAUCAGCUGUGAUUGGCUCCUCGCAACUGUGUGCAUAAUGUAUUCAUUCCAGCAUGUAUAGUAUUUAUGGAAUCGGUAUUUAGUCAACGUCUGCAGUAGAGAUGAACAAAUUUGGAGAAAAUAGAGGAAAUUAAUUGCCUGCUUAAAGGAAAGUUUUUCAUGCUGAGGUGUUUGACUUGUUUUGUAUGUAAUAUUUGUUCAUACAUCACUAUUGCAUUAUGCUUUUGUGUUUUUAAAAAAAUAAUUUGCCUUUAUUUAAUGGAUUAUAUUUUCUCCUCACUUUUAAAAACACUCACUAUUUAGGAUAUCAUGUUUCGUAUGUUUAAAUUGGCUUCCCAAAAAAAUAAAUAGUAUUGACUGGUGUAAAUAUUUGUUCCAAAUCACCUGCAGCAUUAAUAUUGAAAAAAUACUUUAACAAAAAAUUGCAUUUGUGUCACUGUUCUGUUUUCUCUGCCUACUAGUUUGUCCCAUGUUGAUGGUGCUAUAUUGUGUCAGAAUAUAUUCGUCUUCCUAUUGUGUUAUAUGUCUUGAAAGUCUCAAUGACGGCUAUAUGUUGAUCAAUGAACCAAAUAAAAACACAAAAAUCAAAUGUGAA